CACUCGGUUUCACUCCCACUGCCCCUGCCCGGCGCCCCCAGUCACUCACAGAAGCCCAUCUUAUCUCCCUUCCGUCCCAAAUGGACCUCUCGCGCCUUCUUUAGCUCUUUGUGCCGUUCCUUUUCUCUCUUCAGUGUUUAGGCACGGUCCAAAUCUAGGGUUUCGCAGAACCUAUUAAAUAAGGUAGUAGAAAAUUAAGAGGUAACGAUGUAUGCAAGGAGAAUAAAGUGCAGACAUCAGAGAUGGGGGUUAGCUUUUCAGCCUUCCAAAGAUUUGAGUAGGCCAAACUGUGUAGAACAUGCUUCUUCUCAAUCUUUGAGUCGUACACCUUUAGCAAGAAGCCACUCUUCACAUAAUAGUUUGAUUAGAAGACAUUUGUUAGAUUCUAUUACACCUAGGGGUCUUGCUGGUGGUAGUAGUUACAGUAGCUUCCAUGGGAGGCUUGCAACGUGUUUAAAGAGCAGACAGUUACGUGUCUAUAGUUCUGAAGGCGAUGGAAGGAACACAAGUGAGGAUGAACAUAUACCCAUUAAAGAUGGGAGUAACUUUGAUAAGGGAAAGACUUGGCGAGAAAAAGUUAGCGAAGAUGUGAGGCGUUCUGAUGCGCAUGCUCGGCUUGGGGAACAGGAUCAGAAAGAGUGGCUUAAAAGUGAGAAGCUUGCUAUUGAGAGUAAGAAGAAGGAAUCUCCUUUUCUGACCAGACGUGAGAAGUUCAGAAAUGAGUUUUCGCGGAGGAUUGUUCCGUGGGAGAAGAUAUCAGUAUCAUGGGACACAUUUCCUUACCACAUUCAUGAACACACCAAAAAUACUUUGGUGGAAUGUGCCGCUUCUCAUUUGAAACAUAAGAAGUUCACUGCUUCUUAUGGUGCUCGGUUGACGUCUUCAAGUGGGAGAAUAUUGCUUCAGAGCAUUCCAGGCACUGAACUUUACCGAGAGAGAUUAGUGAGAGCACUUGCACGUGAUCUACAAGUUCCCCUACUGGUGCUUGACAGCAACGUUCUCGCUCCUUAUGAUUUUGGUGAUGAUUUUGCAUCAGAGUGUGAAUCAGAUGAUGAAGAUGCAGAAUCUGGGGAGGAGUGUACUUCGGAAUCGGAGGUUGAGGAUGAGAAUGAUGCGAGCAAUGAAGAAGAGUGGACUAGCAGUGGUGAGGCAAGUGCUCAUGGUAGUGAUAUUGAUGAAGUUGAUGUGCAAGCAACUGCUGAAGCAGCCCUCAAGAAGCUUAUUCCCUACAACCAUGAAGAGUUUGAAAAGAGGGUCUCUGGAGAAGUUGAGAGUUCCUCUGAGUCCUCAAAUUCUGAGGCUGUCGAGUCUUCUGAUAAAUCCAAACAGCCGCUAAAGAAAGGUGAUCGGGUGAAAUACAUUGGGGCUUCUGUAUGUAUUGAAGCAGAUAACAGGAUCAUAUUGGGGAAGAUACCAACAUCUGAUGGUCUGACAAAUGCUUAUACCAUUAUUCGUGGCAGGCCUUUAUCAAAUGGUCAACGUGGAGAGGUAUAUGAGGUGAGUGGUGAUCGAGUUGCUGUCAUUUUGGACAUUGAUGAAAAAAAUGCUAAUGAAGGAGAGGAGGAUAAGCUCCAAGAGCCUUCAAAACCUCCAAUUUAUUGGAUAGAUGUUAAGGAGAUAGAGCAUGAUCUUGACACUCAGGCAGAAAAUUGCUAUGUUGCAAUAGAGGCUUUAUGUGAGGUUUUGAGAACCAUGCAACCCCUCAUUGUCUAUUUUCCAGAUUCUUCUGAAUGGUUGUCUAGGGCAGUUCCCAAGUCAAAACGAAAGGAGUUUGUCCAUAAGGUGCAGGAAAUGUUUGACUUAUUAUCAGGUCCAGUUGUUUUGAUAUGUGGGCAGAACAAAGCUGAAUCGGGGUCAAAGGAGAAAGAGAAAUUUACAAUGAUACUUCCAAAUUUUGGGCGCCUUGCUAAGCUGCCUCUCCCUUUAAAGCAUCUUACCGAGGGUCUUAAGGCAACAAAGAGAUCCGAUGAUAACGAAAUAUAUAAGCUCUUCAAUAAUGUUUUGUGCAUACACCCCCCCAAGGAGGAGGAUAUCCUUAGAACAUUCAAUAAACAGGUUGAAGAAGACAGGAGGAUUGUGAUAACACGAAGCAAUUUGAAUGAAUUGCAUAAGGUUCUUGACGAACAUGAGCUGUCAUGCAUGGACCUAUUGCAUGUAAAUACAGAUGGUGUGAUAUUGACAAAAAGAAAAGCUGAGAAAGUUGUUGGCUGGGCUAAAAAUAAUUACUUGUCGAACUGUCCACUUCCAUUGAUAAAGGGGGAAAGAUUGUAUCUACCACGUGAAAGCCUUGAAAUAUCAAUUUUGAGGUUGAAGGAGCAAGAAGCUUUAUCUCGAAAGCCCUCACAAAGUUUGAAGAACAUUGCAAAGGAUGAAUAUGAGAGCAACUUUGUUUCAGCAGUGGUACCCCCUGGUGAAAUUGGUGUCAAGUUUCAGGAUAUAGGUGCUUUGGAAGAUGUGAAGAAGGCACUAAAUGAACUUGUCAUUCUUCCAAUGAGGAGACCAGAGCUGUUUUCUCAUGGAAACUUGUUGCGGCCUUGCAAAGGAAUAUUACUUUUUGGGCCUCCUGGAACUGGGAAAACUCUCCUUGCCAAGGCUCUUGCAACAGAAGCUGGGGCAAACUUUAUCAGCAUAACUGGUUCAACUCUUACAUCAAAGUGGUUUGGAGAUGCUGAAAAGCUUACCAAGGCUCUCUUCUCCUUUGCCAGCAAGCUCGCUCCUGUCAUUAUAUUUGUUGAUGAGGUUGACAGUCUGCUUGGUGCUCGUGGUGGUGCCUUUGAGCAUGAGGCAACUAGAAGAAUGAGAAACGAGUUCAUGGCAGCUUGGGAUGGAUUGAGGUCGAAAGACAGCCAAAGAAUCCUCAUUCUUGGUGCCACUAAUCGACCUUUUGACCUUGAUGAUGCUGUCAUUCGUCGCUUACCAAGAAGGAUAUAUGUGGACUUACCAGAUGCUGAAAAUCGUAUGAAGAUUUUGAGAAUUUUUCUUUCGCAAGAGAAUCUAGAACCUGAUUUUCAUUUUGACAAACUUGCUUACGCAACAGAGGGAUACUCCGGUAGUGAUUUGAAGAAUCUCUGUAUUGCUGCAUCAUAUAGACCUGUCCAAGAACUUUUAGAGGAAGAAAAGAAGGAAGGCAAAAGUGAUCUAGCUCCAGUCUUACGACCACUUAGUUUGGAUGACUUUAUUCAGUCAAAAGCCAAGGUUGGGCCAUCAGUUGCCUAUGAUGCUUCAAGCAUGAAUGAGCUGAGGAAAUGGAACGAACAGUAUGGAGAAGGUGGAAGUAGGAGAAAAUCACCAUUUGGUUUCGGGGACUAAUUUUACAGGUGUUCCAUUAAUUUAUUCUUCUUGAAGAAAUACCCCAAGUUUCACCCUUUUUUUUUCCCCUUUUUCCUGGGGCCUGGUAGUGUUGAUGUAUUCCUAGGAGGAAAUUUCUUCUUCAUCCUUUUUAAGCGGAUGAGAUAGAGGCCUUGUUGUAAUGCAGCUCUUCUAUAGAAUAGCGCCCCCCCUCCCUACAUAAUUUUCUGGCAUUAGUUGUGCCGUGUCUAAGGGUGCUAAUGUUACACAAUUUUCUCCAAUUUUAUGAGUAGGCAUUUAAUAAUUUUGAACA